AACCUUAUGAGUAUGCAAAGGAUACAGAUACUUCGACGCCAGCUUUAGUCCAACAGGUAAUUAUGGGCGUCGAAGCUGAAACAAAUAGAUCGUAUAAUCUCCUCCGCGGUUCAGCAAAGCGGACCCGAGAGCUCUUUGCCGCCGAUUUUGGCCUUGCCACCCAUGACGCUCCCUCUGAAACAAAUAUUAGACACGAAGCGCAAUUGUCGAAAGACGCUCCGGUGUUGAUAGCUGAACGGGCCGGUAUAGCAUCACGAAUACGCAGCGAAUAUGAGACAGUCCAGACCUUACCGCCGUCGCUGGUAGCUAAGCAAAAUCAGGCCGCCGCAGCUGCCCGCCGGAAAAAGCCUAAGCACCAGAAGCAUGACGAACAAAAUUCGGAACUUGGGACUGUAAAGAUGAUUGAAGGGAUCACAGGGCAAAGCGAACAUCCCAAUCCUACGAACUCGUCCACAGCACUGACGGUUCGAGGCAAAACCUCCGCGCAUGUGCCUUUAGAUGGCACCGCAUCCACGGCUCAGCGCAACGUUCCAUCCACAAGCCUUUCCAGAAGGCAAACUGUUCAACAGAUGAAGCCUGAAUGGCAUGCGCCAUGGAAGCUGAUGAGAGUAAUAUCUGGUCAUCUAGGCUGGGUUAGAAGUUUGGCCGUCGAGCCGGGAAAUGAAUGGUUUGCAAGCGGCGCUGGUGAUAGGACUAUCAAAAUCUGGGAUUUGGCCUCUGGGUCCUUGAAACUCACAUUGACAGGGCAUAUUUCAACAGUGCGGGGGUUAGCUGUCUCUCCGAGACAUCCCUACCUUUUUUCUUGCGGUGAAGAUAAGAUGGUAAAGUGCUGGGAUCUUGAAACAAAUAAGGUCAUACGACAUUAUCAUGGGCAUUUAAGUGGCGUUUAUACGCUUUCAUUACAUCCAACACUGGAUGUUCUGGUUACAGGCGGCCGUGAUGGUGUGGCUAGAGUGUGGGAUAUGCGAACACGCAGCAAUAUUCAUGUCCUGGCAGGUCAUAAAGGCACUGUCUCUGAUGUCAAAUGCCAAGAGGCUGAUCCUCAAGUUAUCAGCUCAUCCUUGGACUCAACUGUCCGCCUAUGGGACCUAGCUGCGGGAAAGACCAUGGGAGUCUUGACUCAUCACAAGAAAGGUGUACGAGCCUUGGCCCUCCAUCCUACGGAAUUUACUUUCGCUUCUGGAAGCACUGGAAGCAUAAAGCAGUGGAAAUGCCCGGAGGGUGCAUUUAUGCAGAAUUUCGAGGGGCAAAACGCAAUAAUUAACACUAUGUGCGUAAACGAAGACAACGUGCUUUUUUCUGGAGGUGAUAAUGGUUCCAUGAGCUUUUGGGAUUGGAAGACGGGUUACAGAUUCCAAUCGCUUGAGACAACAGCGCAGCCAGGUUCUUUGGACGCCGAGGCUGGUGUGAUGAGCUCCAUGUACGACCGUACAGGUCUUCGAUUGAUCUGUGGCGAAGCUGAUAAAACAAUCAAAAUAUGGAAGCAAGACGAGGAUGCAACACCGGAGACGAACCCUCUAGAUUGGAAGCCGACGCUUGGACGCCAGAAAUUUUGAAUUCUUUGCACGUUAUCGUUUUCGGGAGAAUCUGUACGAAGCCCGGCGAAUGG